CACGAGGUCGCUGCCCGUGGACACACAGGCCUGCCUGGGGCAGGCGCCGAGCAGCUUAGCCUGGUGGCCAGGAUCCCGCCCCAUCUUAGAAACCAGGCUAUGGAAGCUGUGUUCCUGACAGCUCCGAAGGAGUCGCUGUCCUUUGAGGAUGUGGCUAUGUACUUCACCAGAGAAGAGUGGAACAAACUUGACUGGGCUCAAAAGGACCUCUACAGAGAUGUGAUGCUGGAGAAUUACAGAAACAUGAUUUUGUUGGGUUUCCAGAUUCCUAAACCUGAGGUGAUCUGUCAGCUGGAGCAGUGGGAAGACCCAUGGAUCCUGGAUCUUCCAAGAGCUGGGACUAGAAAGGCUUCCAGUAGUGCUUGCCCAGGUUCCGAAGCCAGAUACCAGAUGAUAAAGCUAACUCCAAAGCAGAAAAUUUCUGAAAAUUUAGAAUCAUGUAAGAUAGCGGUGGUAAAGCAGAAGACAGCCACGACACCUUCAGAAAAGUUAGUUAAAUUUAACAAAUUUGUGGACAUUUACAGAGUUGCACUCCCUAGUGUUGAUAAUGAAUGCAAUCAGGACUUCCUUCAAAACGUCAACCUUUUUCAAGAUCAGAAUGCUCAAACAAGUAAGAAGCAGGGCAGAUAUGAAGAGUAUGGUAAACCCUUCAAUCAGAGAUCAUUGUUUUCGAGGCAUAAGCAAAUUCUUACAAAUUCAAAGUCUUAUGAGUGCAGUGAAUGUGGAAGAGUCUUCAAACGUCAGGCAAAUUUUGUUCGACAUCAGAGAUUUCACACUUCAGAGGAUCCCUUUGAGUGCGACAUAUGUGGGCAAACCUUCAAACAGAAGUCUGCACUUACUGUUCAUAAACAGUGUCACUCUCAAGAAAAGCCAUAUGAAUGUCAUGAAUGUGGAAAAUUUUUCCGUCAGAUGGCAUAUCUUGUUGAACAUAAAAGGAUCCAUACCAAAGAAAAACCCUACAAAUGUAGUGAAUGUGAAAGAACAUUUAGUCAGAAUUCAACCCUAAUUCGACACCAGGUAAUCCACAGUGGAGAAAAAACCCAUAAAUGCCUUGAAUGUGGAAAAGCCUUUGUUCGGAAUUCAACGCUUAAAAGCCAUCAACAAAUUCACAGCAAACCGAAUGCUCACAAAUGCAGUGAAUGUGGAGAAUCCUUUGGGCGGAAUAUAGAUCUCGUUCAGCAUCAGAGGACCCAUACUAAGGGGAAAUUAUUUGAAUGUAGAGAUUGUGGGAAAACUUUUAGUUUUAAGUCAAAUCUUCAUCGACAUGAGGUCAUCCAUAAUGGAGAGAGACCCUAUAGAUGUGACAAAUGUGGGAAAUGUUUCAGUUGGCGCACCAGUUUUAUUAAGCAUCAGGGUACUCACAGAGAGCAGGUAUCUGUGUGACUAAUGGGAAAAGCUAUAACUUAAAGACCAUAGCUUGCCACUAUUGCAAGUAUGUAUCAUUAGAUUGUUUUAUGAAAAUUAAUAAACAGGAGCCAAGCUUUAUUUUUCCGUGAGGCCCUCAUUUUGUAGGUGACCUUGCUGUAGUCCAGAAUUCAUAGAAAAUGUGAUAGGCUGUUGUGUUCGGUUUCCUGUGAGUCCCUAUGCCUUCAUUCCCCAAGUCAAGUGAAGGCAGAAGGGAGGCCUGGAAGCUUUGCUCUAUGGUCCCCAGGCUGGACACCAUUUAAUAAAUUGUGAAUGAUUUCAGAUUCCCUUUCUUGGUUUCACACAGAAUAAUGACCUGAUACUGAUGGCUGUUUAAAAGUAAGUGCUACUUGCUAGUAGCUAGUGAGGUAUUAAGAAUUACUUAAACUUUUUUAUAAAAUUAAAUUAGUGUGCUACUACAGCG